UCAGGCGGCGGUUGUAAACACGGAAGUGCUGGUCUCAGGAAGCAUUCUGACUUUCUCUGGCCGUGGAGAGGCUCGCUUUAACGUCGCAGAGCAGCGGGAUGAUGAACAGGAUGGCCGGCUGUCUGAAGGUGACAGUAGCCCUGAUGGUGGUUUUAGCUGCUGUGGUAUUUCAGGCAAACUGCGACUCCUUUGAAAUGAAGAGAGUCAGGAGCGCAAAGGUUUUGGGUUUCGACUGGAAAAACUGCGGACAGCCCGACGCUCCGGCUGUUCUAAAGAGCCUGACUGUGUCUCCAGAUCCCAUCAACAUUCCGGGAUCACUGACGGCCGCUGCGUCUGGAUCCACGUUGGUCGAGCUGGCCUCCCCUCUUUCUGUGAAUGUGACCAUGGAGAAGGAGGUGGCAGGUUUCUGGGUGAAGAUCCCCUGCCUGGAGCAGCUUGGCAGUUGUCACUAUAAGGACGCCUGCGAAAUUCUGAACCAGCUGAUCCCACCGGGACAGGAUUGUCCCGAACCGCUGCACACCUACGGCCUUCCCUGUCACUGCCCCUUCAAAGCGGGCUCUUACUCGCUGCCUCAGUCUCAGUUCUACCUGCCUUACAUGGACCUGCCUUACUGGCUCACCAAUGGGAACUACAGAGUUCAGGGAAUCCUGGGAGGUGGAGGCAAAGAGCUGGGCUGCCUCAAGCUGUCUCUGUCCAUUCACUCCAACUGAGGAGAUGAUUCACAGCAGCUUCAUGUUUCUGUUUAUCUGCACAGAAAAAUGAUGUAACUACAGGCUUUAGAAAGUUGCGUCAACUUUUAAUCUUAUGUUUGAUCCACGUUUCAGCAGCUGUCGUUUCCCCACAUCAGGGGAAAAUAAACACAUGUAAGCAGAUUAGGUACUACUGACGGUGUUUCAUUUAAACA